CAUCUUCGUCCCCAUCUGUCUGUCUUCUUUUAGAUUAAUGUCUUUACCAGUCGUUUAGUUUUCUCACCUUCUCUGUGUGGCCAAUGUUAAGUUUGGGCUGAGUUGCUCGGAGCUCAGCGACGUCACAAACGGUAGACAAACACUGCCGCGCUUGAGGGCAGAGCUUCCCCUUCCCCUCAUCACAGCAUACCUAAAAAACAGCCCACGCCACAGCCUCGUGCAAAGACAUUCAAACAGAAACCACAUCACUGGCGGGUUAUUAAUGCAGACUCACUCACAUGCACACACUUGACAGGAAGGUUUGACCCCAUUUGCCACUGUACUGUAUCGCUGGAGGAGGAGAGUGCGUCAGUGAGGAGUGUGAAGCUGCUGGAGCAUGUGGUCGCUGGUGGUCACUCCCGGCUCAGACCUCGCCCCCCCCUCUCCGUCCACGCUGAUCACUUAGGGAGACGACAGAGAAGAACAAGUGUGUGAGUGUGACGUGAUGAAGGACUGAUCAGGGCUGUUGAGUGCCAGCGUGAAAGAGGAAAUGACUCUGAAUGUAUCUGCAGCGUGGGAGAUGGAGUCCCUGACCAACUCCUCCUCAGGAUGUGGACACAACACGACCAGCUGGGAUCAGCGCAUGGAUACAAUGUACUUCUACUUCUACCUGCUGCUCUUCAUCCCCGGGCUGCUGCUCAACACCACCGCUCUCUGGGUGCUCUGCAGACACAUCAGUAAGAAGACCAAGGCGGUGAUCUUCAUGAUAAACCUGGCGUUAGCAGACCUGGUCCACAUCCUCUCUCUGCCCCUCAGGAUUCACUAUUACUUCACACACACCUGGCCCUUCGGACAGGGCGUCUGCUUGUUCUGCUUCUACCUCAAGUACCUCAACAUGUACGCCGCCAUCGUGUUCCUGAUGUGUAUCAGCGUGCAGAGGUGCGUCUUUCUGCUCAACCCGUUCUCUGCUCGCCGGUGGAGGCGGCGCUAUGACCUGUUGAUCAGUAUCGUAGUGUGGGUGGUGGUCGGUAUGGCUUGCUCGCCUUUCAUCCUGAUGCGGAGCAGCAGCAGCACCAGCACCACCACUAGUCUCGGCGUCAGCACGUACACGGUCCACAACAUGUCCUAUUCUCUGCGUGCCCCUUCUACCCAGCAUCCCUUGGGUUACACCAAGCUUCCUGCGAGCACGAGCACCAGCAGAGUCUCCGAUCCCGGCUCCACCAAAGUCGGAGGAUGUUUUAAGGACUUGCCCACGCGUCGUCUGCCGAUCUCUCUGGCGGUCACCAUGAUGACUCUCGCUGAGCUGUUUGGUUUCCUCAUCCCUUUGGCCUGCAUCAGUUACAGCUCCAUCCGCAUCGCCCGCUCCCUCAACCAAAGACAGACCCAGGAUCAGCAGCAAAACUCGACCGCACACAGCCCCCAAGCGCGCAGCCGACUCCAGUCGGUCACCUCCAACUGCCAGACUGAUAAAUAUAACGAGAAGCUGACCAACGCCGAGAAGCGGCGCGCCCUGCGGAUGGUGCUGAGCUGCUCGGUCCUCUUCCUGAUCUGCUUCGCACCCUACCACCUCAACUUCCUGCUAUAUCUGAUGGUGAAGCAGGACAUCGUGUCCCACUGUGCCACCAAGCUGGCCGUGCAUCAGUUCCACCCGGUGUCUCUGUGUCUGGCGAGCCUGAGCUGCUGCCUCAACCCUCUACUGUAUUACUUUGUAACGGCCGAGUUCAGGCUGCACCUCACCAGGCGCACCUCCUCCUUCACCGCCUCGCUGCUUUCCUCCCCAAUCAGCUCGCCAACCCAGCGUACCACUCAGCACAGACUGACGAGCAUGGAGAGUAGCUGCUCAGACAGGGACUAGCAUUAUUCACAACGGCACAUCCAGGUACUUCACAAAAAGUCAAGGACACACCCUCUUUUGGGGGGAUAGGACCAAGCCUCCAGGAAGAGCGCCGGUCCAAUUUUCGUAGUGGCCAAACGAUGGUACUACAACUUCCGUGUCCGUCACGUUAGAAGACUUUUUCCCAUAGACUUACAUUGGGAGAGAGACGUCUGUAGC